UACGAAUCCCAGCAUGCUUGGUUCUCGCGGCGUGUAAUGGACGAGCCUUGCGUGACUCGCUGAUAUACAGGCUUCAGUGCUGGAGCAGCUAGCUGAGUCUGUUCUUAUGCUCAGCUUCUCUGGGCUGCGCAUGCUGUCCUGCUCACCCGGAUGUAGUCGGUGUCUCUGCGCAGCGCAUCAUGGGAGCUGUAGUUUUUUUCUGGUGCCUGUAGAUCGGAUUGGACGUGCAGUUUAUAGAAGAAAGACAGUUUGGCUACAGCAGAAAAUUAUCAUGGCUGAUGAAGGCAGACCGCAUCCGCACACUCUGCAGGGCCUGCUGCAUAUGGCCAUUGAAGCUGGAACAGAAUCGGACGAGACACAACAGACGGAACAGAUGACAGAAGAGAGGAGACAAUGGCUACAAGAAGCUAUGAACAGUGCAUUCUCUGGCCAGGUAGAUGAAGUUCAGCAAAUGAAGGAAUGUCUGAAGGAACUAAGCAGUGAAACCAGUGAUGAAGAUGGGGAGGUGCGGAAGGAGAGAGCUCUGGAGUUACUGGCAGAUCUUUGUGAAAACCUUGACAAUGCUUCUGAUUUCUGUAAGCUGGGCGGGAUGGACUUGAUGUUGAAUCAUUGUUCGAGUUGCCCUGAGGCUGAGCUGCGCUGGCGAGCCGCUGACCUGAUUGGCAUUUGCAGUCAGAAUGUGCCCUUCGUUCAGGAGACGGCACUGAGCCUCGGUGCUGUGAGCAAAGUCUUGAAAUUGCUGGACCUUGACAGCAGUGACACAGUCAGAAUAAAGGCCCUUUUUGCGAUAUCUUGUUUGGUGCGUGAGCAGGAGACAGGACUUGCUGAGUUUGUGAAGUUGGACGGGUUUUCGGUGCUGAUGCGUGCCAUGCAGACCGACAUCUUGAAGCUGAAGAUAAAAUCGGCAUUCUUGCUGCAGAAUCUUCUGAUAAGCCAUCCUGAGAUUAAAAGUACCUUGUGUUCCAUGGGGAUGAUCCAGCAACUGAUCUCGCUGCUACGGACCGAGCAUAGUCCUUUCCAUGAACAUGUCCUGUCUGCUCUGUGCAGUAUGGUGACAGAUUUCCCACAGGGAAUUGCAGAAUGUCGGGCGCCUGAAUUAGCGUUUGAAGAUUUGCUCAAAGAAAGAUGUCAACUGGUGCAAAAACAGGAGGAAUAUCAGGAAGAACUGGAUUACUGUGAGCGCCUUUUGAAGAUAUGUUUCAAAGACAAUCCUGACGAUAACAGCAUGGACCGGUGAACCAUUCUGAAGGAUAUGUCCACCAGUGGUGCCUUGUGAUGAGGCAAGAUGGAGAUUGUGAAUGAAAUUGAGAUAAUUUAUGAAAUGCUACCCUAGGUCCCCUCAGACGUCUGUAAUCUUUGUUUCAAAAGAAGAGUCUGAGAUGUGGAUUUUCUUUUUUAAAAUAAAGAAAGACGAAAUAAUGUCAUAUUGUGGCUGAUUUAUGAAUUCUAGUUUUUCCGUGGCAUCAACUUGCAUGGCAUGUAAUAUGGAGAUAAGGUUUUCCACCUUCUGUGGACUUUUUCGGGCACACUCCCUCUGGACCUGAGGAAGGGAAGCAUACUUAGCUGCUCCCCGUUACAUUACCCAGUCAUAUAAAGUAUGGAGAACACGUCCCCACUUAGGCCAGCUAUUGUCUGCAGCGACCACGUGACCCAUAUAAAACAAGUAGUUUACCAGAGGAGUAGUGAAGGAGCAGGAACCCAGAAGCAAGGAACGGGUCAGUAUGCUUUCCUUCCUCAGGUCUGGUCACGUGGAGGGUGGAUAACGCCUUUAAAGAUGACCGGUCACUUGGUAAAACUUUUUAAUCUGCCUGCCUUGUGAGAUCACGUAGUAUUCUCAAAGCACCUUACGUUCACAGCAUUGGGGAAUGGAGUAGUGCACAGCCUGGCUUUGAUGCUGGCUCUGCAGCUGCUGUCCAUCCCGCCGCUCCUUUAUCUGAUAUUCUAUCUUAUCAGAAGAAAAUGUUUGUGUUCUGCUAUUCUUUGUAAUGUCCCUCGUGCUGUUGCUAUUUUUCUGUGUAUGAGAUAGUGAUGGGGAGCAAUAUUUCCUCUGGUUUCUGUUUGCAGGCUAUAGGAGACAUCAUAGCAGCUGGUCUUCAUCUACUAGCUCAUGCAUCUACUAUUAGAGAUGGACACGUGCCACAUACAAGUUAUAUAAUGGCCAGAUACAGUGUUUUAAAGGGGUUUUCCAGGAUUUUCAUGUUAAUGGCCUAGCUUCAGGAUACGUCAUAAAUAUGAGAUCGGAAGGGGACAGACUUCAAGUCAGUCGGGCUGAGCUGCAAUACAUUGUACAACACUGUUUUUGGUAAGCUGUGAGGAGGCCACAGUCAUCACAGGAGUGCUGCAACCUCCUCAAACAGCCGGGAAUGCCAGGAGUCCUGAGGAUAGGUCAUCAAUAUGUUAAUCCCUAACCCCUUUAAUCCUCAUGUACACACAAUAGUUUUUUUCUGAAAAGUCACCAGAAACUACAAGCACACAAAGAAUUACCAUAAUUAAAAUGAAUUAUAUUUUAUUAAGCAAAUAUUGCAAAAAAAAUCUGUACGUGUGGUACCCCUGUAGCCAUAACAACCCAUCUUCUAGCGCUAAUAUAGGAAAAAACUACGUCAUAGACGCUGGAAUCUGCAUGACUGUCACAUGUAAAUUUUCGGACCGCACAUGGCCGACCUUGUGAUAGAAAUGCCUAUUCUUGUCUAUGGCUGUGGACAAGAAUAGGACAUGCUGUAUCUUUUUUGCGGGGCUGCGGAACUGAACAAGGGAUGCAGGCAGCACACGGUGUGUUGUCCGCAUCUUUUGUGGCCCCAUUGAAAUGAAUGGGUCCGCACCUGUUCUGAAAAAUUGCGGAACGGAUGCGGACCCAAAACUACGGAUGUAUGAAUGGACCCUUACUGAAACGCAUUUGCAGGGAGGAAUGAACCAAAAUCCAUUCUGGAUAUUGUGCAAACGUUUGGUGUAGGCGAUUGCUGCUAAAUAGGGAUGUACCGGUUAUUCAAUGUUUCACUUACUUUUUCUCUCUACCCUGUGGAUCUUUACUGCUUGGACCAUACAGUUGACAUGUAUCUCUGAAAAUAAAAUA